UUUCGCCGAUACCGAGGCUGUUACAUGGGGAACAGUGCCGCGCUCCUGGUGUUCGCUGCUUUUGCGGUCAAGUACGGCUUCGCUCAGGAAGACCGCACCAAAACCUGCCCCCUGCAAUACAAGGCCUCUUCUUACUUGGGUAAUUUCACUCACUGGGCCGUCUCUACUGAAGCUCGGUUAUGUGCAACGGUGCCAAGGACAAUACACAGGAAGGGAGGCAACAUAGCGGACGCAGCUGUGGCCACCUUACUUUGCAUGGGCGUUGUGCUUCCCCACUUUAUGGGCAUCGGAGGCGGAUUUGUCGCAACUCAUUACUCAAGGCGUGAAAGGCGGGUCAUGUCGCUCAUCUCUCGAGAAGUGGCUCCCAGGGCUGCGACCACGGACAUGUUCAUCGACAAUGCUACGCUCUCUCUCAGGGGUGGCCUGUCCAUAGCCGUGCCCGGAGAGCUACGUGGCUACGCUGAGCUGCACGAGCGCCUAGGUGGCAGGCUUCCUUGGAAAGCGCUCUUUGAAGACGCCAUUCGCUUGGCCAACGAAGGGUUCCCAGUGGGGCAUUAUCUGCCAUAUGCUCUAUGCUUCGAAGCACCCUACAUGUUUGCCUGCACUGAUGGACCAUGUGAUCCGCGAUGGAAUCCCUUCUGGAAUUUCAAACGCGGUCGCCCACUCAAGGAAGGAGAGAUCCUCGUUCAGAAGGACCUGGCAUGCACGCUGGAGGCCAUCGCUGAGAACGGUCCGGAUUACUUUUACGAGGGCCCCUUAGCAGAGAGGAUGCUGCGCGAAAUCACCAACGAAGGAGCAAUCCUAACAAUGGAAGAUCUGCGGUCAUACCGGCCGACAUGGGAGCCUGCUGCCAGCGUUACUCUCCAAGAUGGCCGAGUCCUCUACACGGCGCCGCCGCCUGGCGGUGGCGUCGUCUACGCCUACAUCAUGGCUAUCAUGGACGCUUUCAGAAACAACGUCAGCGCAGAACUUCAAAACGAUGCACUCACUCUGCACCGCUUUGUCGAAGCUUGCAAGUUUGGUUUCGCGAAGAGAAGCCUCCUUGGUGACCCGCGAUUUGAAGACGUCAGAGAUGUGCUGCUGAACCUGACCUCGUGGGACUACGCCAAUGCCACGCGGUGGAAGAUCGACGACGACAGGACAUACCACGACCCGGCUCACUACGGCCUCGACACCGCGCCUGCGCCAGAUGAUAAAGGCACGGCGCAGCUGUCUCUGUGGGAAGAAGACGGAGACGCCCUUAGCAUUACCAGCACCGUCAAUGGAUUUUUCGGAAGCCUGAUACGCAGCUCUUCAGGCAUAAUCUUCAAUAACCAGAUGAACGAUUUCUCGACACCCGGUGAGAUCAACGUCUGGGGCCUGUCACCAUCGCCGGCCAACUUCAUCAAGCCGGGCAAAAGGCCCCAGUCAUCGAUGAGCCCCACCGUGGUGGUUGAUCCCAACGGAGACGUGGAAAUGGUCAUCGGUGCCGCAGGUGGAAGCAAGAUCAUUACGGCAGUGGCUCAGGUGAGCAUGAGGGCACUUUGGCAGAGUGGCGACAUCAGGGAUGCCAUCGACUACGCAAGGCUGCACGAGCAGCUCGCACCCGAUGAUGUCAUGGUGGAACCUCAAUUUCCAAAGACCUACAUUCGGCAGCUUGAAGAAAAGGGCCACAAGAUACAAACAGUCUUUGGAGCGUUCAACAAUGUCAUGGCCGUGCACCGGAGAGGCCAACGACUCCAGGCCAACGCAGACUACCGCAGCGAUGGAGGUGUCGACGGCAGCUGACCUGCGCAAAUGUAGCGAAUAGGUGUUGCGUCGUCACAAACGGUGGUGGUGCAAGCUGUGGCCCACAUUCGUUGGCACUGCAUUAAUGUUGUAAGUCAGCCAGAGUGACCACAAAAUUCUGACAAGGCCGUCGUCAUCUCUUAGCGACUUCUCGAUAAACAUUGAGUGUUUUAAGUUGCAAACUUGUGACAUUGUCCAGUAAAAGUAACUUACACUGCACUGCAUGCGCAGAAUGAAGACCGAGUCAGACUCAUUAAUAUAGGAAUUAAAGGGGUUUUCUUUUAACUGUUCCUUUGGAUUCUGUAGGUAGAGGAUAGCUUUAUCCACAAGUGGAUCUUACCUUAUGAAGUUGUGCCAGUAACUGCCCCUCCCGAGCGUUUCCAUUUACCAUGUGUGGGGCUAAACACAAAGUUCAAUGUGACGUAAGCAUGUCACUUUUCGCUACAGCACUGCCAACAGCGGUAUGCAAGGCGACAAUACGAAGCGAAGGUAGGAUGCGUUCACUCCACCAAGCCCACCAUACACCCAAUGAGCGGUUCUGUCCAACUACACCAAGCGCUCAAACAAUUAAGAAAACACACAUUCACAUAUGCAUAACUAGUUUCAUGGAUGCAUUAAAUUUUUGC